AUGCGUGGGACAGGCCUUCACUCUCCAAGAGUGGGGCUUGGCGGGCAGUCGUGGUGGCCAACAUCACGGGUUUUGGGCAAGAUAGCUUGGAACCUUUUUACCAGCGAUGUUUGCUUGCUUUGCCACCACCUCGGCGCUGUUGAGUCUUACGUGGCCACCAGCAAGGACAUUUGCACUGGCGCCACGAGGCCAAGAAGGCCAAGUUCAAGAUCAUGGUUGAUCCUGUUCGUGUCACAGGGCGGGACAGACGUUUCACGUGACAGGGCCAACGAGGGUGGCGAGAUCUGGCUCAAUCGCCAUCACCUUCGGAUCCAGCAUAUCGGAGCAGCUGAUGCAGCAUGUCGCGACCUCAUCUCAGAUGGCACCUCGGUGGUCGACGGUUUCACGGCCACCAUCCUCCACCAGCACGGUAUUCAGUCGUCGCGAUCGCAUUCUACGGCUACUGUUCCGGCGGCUUCGGUGGCCGGAACUUGCAGAGGUACGCGCGUCUUGGAGCAUUUGCCUCGCAGUUUCGACUUCCAUGGUUUAUCGCAGGGGACUUCAACCUGUCUCCUGAAGGUUUGA